UGCAGCCACUUCUUUUCCAUCUCUUUAUUGUUCUCGAAUGGACGUUCCCGUUUCGUCAACGAAACCACCUUUAAUAUUGAUCUCCGCGGUCAGGAAUGCGUGAAGUAAGACCGCCUUACCCAAUCAGUGGUCCAUGAUCUUCAGCGCUUUGGAACCUCAAAUUUCCGGUGUUAUCUUCAGCAAGUGUAUCUUCUGGCCUCCUUUUGGAUUAACUAAUGCGUUUUAGUUUUCCUUUUUUCCCCCGAUGUUUGCAGAUGGAGUUUACCAACUGCAAUGAGUUUAGGGUGUGGAGCUCUUCCGAGGCUAUCGAUAACACUUACUUUUUGCGUUGGAUUCUUAUCAUUCCAAAAUGGUGUUGUCCAUUCAGAAGACCUGAGUAAAGUCAAAAAUUCAUACAGAUCCAUAACAGCACAUCUUCAUCUCUUGCAUCAAUGUCGCCGACAGAUUACAUUUUUAGCAUCAAUUGCCUUAGGGGCUUUCAUUACAAAAGUCAUCAAAGAUUCACCGCUGACUCCUUUACCCAUGCCACCAGUAGAAGAACCAGUGCACUGGAAUCUUGUCAAAAUACCACUUCAUGUGCCCUCACAUGUUGUUCAGUGGAUGCCGCUACCUUCUACAUCGAUGUCGAUAAAUCAGGGUUUUAAAGUGAAGCCUCCUCCUUGGAUUUAUCGUCGAUCACUCACAGUACCUGAGAAACAGCCGAAUUUCCUCAUACUAAGGCUUCAAGAACAACUCACCAAUUUAUUGAAACCAUCACCAAUUUUAGUGGGAAGUGCUGUACGUCGAACUAUGCGUUCUUUAGGAUCUGACGUACCACAAGAUGCUUCCACAAGGCAAUGGUUGAUGCGAUGGUGCCAUUAAAUAUAAAACGUUGACUCAAAUUCGCAGUAAUUCCGAAUGAUUAUGAGAAAUAUAAUGACAGAUGUUGCAAGAGCUGGUUCUAUGCUGCAGCAAGAUUUGAUAUAUCUUGCAAUGUUACAAAGAGCUUCGUUAAUCAGAUGUUUUAUCGUUGAGAAAUGAUUGUGUUCAAAACAGAUUAUGUUCCUCCAUGUUUUCAAUAUUUAACUAUAUAUUUUAUUUUUUAAAACGACUUUUGUGCUUAUUUAUACAUAAAAAUCAACUACG